AUGUGUGGAAUCUUUGCUAUAUUCGGAUAUGGAGGUGAUAUCCAAACAAUGCGACCAUUGGCAGUAGCCUGCGCCAAGAGGGUCCGUCAUCGAGGACCAGAUUGGAGCGGUGUUGCCAUAUCUGAGAACAACAUUCUAUGUCAUGAACGUCUGGCUAUCGUUGGUGUUGACAGUGGAGCUCAACCACUUUCUAACGAAGAUGGCACACUAUUGUUGUCAGUCAACGGAGAAAUAUACAACCACGUCACAUUACGAAAACUGUUGAAGAAGCCUCAUACAUUCAAAACACACUCUGACUGUGAAAUCAUUCUACAUCUGUACGAAGAGAUGGGAGCUGACUUGGUGCCACAUCUCGACGGCAUGUUCUCCUUCAUCUUAUACGACACUGUGAAAAAGACAUAUUUAUGUGCUCGUGAUCACGUCGGUAUUACAACAUUAUAUCAAGGAUGGCGCCAUUCAGAUAAAUCGGUGUGGUUUGCCUCUGAGAUGAAGUCAUUGAGUGAAGACUGUGAUCGAAUCAUUGCCUUCCCUCCUGGCCAUUACUACACUUCAUCAGAUGCUGCCUUGCAUCAAUGGUAUCACCCUAAAUGGUAUGAUGAUGUGAAAAACAAUCUACCACCGCUAGCAGAAGAGCAAACAGUACAAACUGAAGAAGAAGAUGCUGCCAUGUAUGUCGCCCUACGAGAAAAGCUAGAAAAGGCUGUAAAGAAACGAUUGAUGACGGAGGUGCCUUAUGGUGUCUUGUUAUCUGGUGGUCUGGAUUCUAGUUUGAUUGCCGCUAUUGCUUCCCGUAUUAAACGUAGUCAGGCUGAAGAAGAUUUACGAGCUGAAAGGGGUGCUAGUGCUGGAAACGUUAACGAUGAUGAUGAUACUCGAUCCGCUAUCUCUCAAUCGUCCGCAUGGCCACGAUUACACACCUUCUCCAUUGGACUUCCCAACGCACCCGACCUUGUAGCUGCUCAACGUGUUGCCACAUUUUUAAAGAGUGCCCAUCACGAAUUCACCUUUACUGUAGCUGAAGGUAUCGAUGCCAUAGAAGACGUAAUCUACCAUCUAGAAACAUAUGAUGUCACCACCGUCCGUGCUAGUACACCCAUGUAUUUGAUGUCUCGAAAAAUUAAGGCUAUUGGUGUUAAGAUGGUCUUGUCUGGUGAAGGUUCAGAUGAAAUCUUUGCUGGAUACCUCUACUUCCAUCAAUCCCCAUCAGCACAAGCUCUCCACCACGAAUGUAUCUCCCGUAUUCAAAACUUGCAUACUUCAGAUUGUUUACGAGCCAACAAGGCAACGAUGGCUUGGGGAUUGGAAGCUCGUGUGCCCUUCUUGGAUCGAGCCUUCUUGGAUACAUCCAUGUUACAAGUACCCGCAAACCAUAAACUAUCUAAACGUGCACCAUACAACCACUAUAUGGAAAAGUAUGUAAUUCGUAGGGCAUUUGACAUAAAGGAGGAUCCAUACCUGCCUCAUGAUAUCUUGUGGCGACAAAAGGAACAAUUCUCUGAUGGUGUUGGAUACACUUGGAUUGACUCUCUAAAAGACCAUGCUGAAAAGAUGGUCACUGAUGAGCAACUAGCUGCUGUUGCUGAACGCUUCCCUCAUGAUCCACCAACUACCAAGGAAGGAUAUUGGUAUCGAGAGGUAUUUGAAAAACACUUCCCAUCCAAAGCUUGUUUGGAAUCAGUAGUGCGCUGGAUUCCACGUAAAGAUUGGGGUUGUGCUGAAGAUCCAUCUGGUCGUGCUCAGAAAGUGCAUGAGUUCGCAUACGAUAAGAAUGCCGCAGAAAACGGUAUUGCUGCUACUGGAAAUGGAGCUGCUCCUGCUGGAAACGGUGUUGCCAAACGCCCAACUUCAGAUCCAGCUGAAUCGCCCAAGUCUAAAAAGGCGAAGGCUUCAACGAUGGAUGGAGCAACUUCAAGUCACGGUGAGGCACCAGAAUAUCCAGUUCGUAACCUUGGAAGAGGUUGGCUUCUUCGAGGACAGCAGAAACGAACAUCACUAUCAUCUUGUGAGAUAUUGACUCCAGUUUCAAGUCGUUCGACUUCUGAACAGGAAUUUGAUGCUUACGUUCGCUCGUCACAACAAAAGAUUAGAGCUUUGGAAAUUGAACAUGCUGAAUUGUCAAAAUCGUCAUCACACAAGUUGGUUGCGUUAGAAGCUUGGAUGGAACAGUUGGAGAAGGGUGGUGGAUUGAAGAGAACUGCUCGUGAUGAAGAAGAAGAUCAUCCCAAAAUUGAACGACCAGUGAAACGGAGAAGAAACGUUGAUGCCACUCGAUAUACAAAUGUUAUUCGUGGGAUGAUUUGUGAGAGGGUUUUUAAUCCGAAGGACAAUUCAAAUAUCUUUGAUGAUGCUUCGAUGCAAGUGUUUGGAACCGCAGACUAUUACAAAACAGCAUUUACUGGUCAAUACAAAGAACCAUUAAUAACGCAUCAGCUCGUGUCUCAACCUGUCGAAAAAGAAGGAAACACGUCAAAGGAGGCAAAGGUCCCGGCUGUCAAGGAAGUCUCUCGGCUCGCUGCUCUUGCUAGACCUGAAUACGCAAUGCUGGCCGGUGCCAUUGUCUUGCUCAUUAUCAGCUCAGCUGUGACGAUGAGCGUUCCCUUCUCGAUGGGAAGGAUACUAGAUAUAGUUAUGGCAUCUCUAGGGGCAAAAACAGGCACUACUGAAUCUGCUUCCGCAAUGUCUUCUCUUGGAGCUGGCCUGCCGUUGUCUGCCAUCUUUGCCAUACUUAUUGGAGUUUUCUCGCUUGGAGCUUUAGCUAAUACUGGACGUGUUAUACUGAUACGGAUUGCUGGAGAGCGUAUUGUCACUCGGUUGAGAAAUUCUCUGUUUGCGAAUUUCAUGAGACAAGAUGUCAAAUUCUUUGAUAUGAACCGGACGGGAGAUCUUGUCUCCCGCCUUUCGUCAGAUACUCAAAUUGUCGGAAAGACAAUAACCAAUAAUGUGUCGGACGGCCUUCGAUCUUUGGCCAUGUCAGGGGUCGGCGUAUCAAUGAUGCUGUAUAUGAAUCAGCAGUUGACUUUAAUUAUGCUCUCUAUCGUGCCACCAUUAGCGAUUGGAGCUGUAAUAUACGGGAGAAUGGUCAGAGACUUGUCAACCAGAACCCAGGAUGCUGUUUCGGAAACCACCAAAGUCGCUGAAGAGAAACUCGGCAAUCUAAGAACGGUUCGAGCCUUUGCUCAAGAAAGCAAAGAAAUUACUAGGUACGCCCAACGGGCUCAAUCGAUUCUGGAUCUGGCCAAGAAAGAGGCGUAUGCGUCUGGUGUGUUUUUUGGAGGAGCUGGCCUCUCUGGAAACAUCGUUAUUCUCGCCCUUUUGUACUAUGGAGGCGCGAUGGUGACAGCUGGGUCGAUUACCAUUGGAGAGCUGACGUCCUUCUUUUUAUACACUGCCUAUGUUGGAUCAAGUUUAGUGGGCAUGAGCAGUUUUUACAGCGAACUCAUGAAAGGUCUUGGAGCAUCUAGUAGACUAUUUGCAUUUUUGGAUUCCAAGGCUGUAAUUGAAAGCAAACAGGGAGCGACAUUACCGUCUGCACAAGGACGUAUAGAGUUUAAAGAGGUUCACUUUAAGUAUCCUACCAGAACAGAUGUCAAUAUUUUUAAUGGUUUAACAUUCACAGUCCCAUCUGGUGGUCAUGUUGCAAUUGUGGGUAGAAGUGGAUCAGGGAAAAGUAGUGUGGCCCAGCUGUUACUGAGGUUUUAUGAUCCUGAUCAAGGUUCUGUUUACCUUGAUGGUGUUGAUAUGAAGACCUUGAAUCCCACAUGGUUGCGAGAGAAUGUAGUUGGUUUAGUUUCGCAAGAGCCUGUCUUGUUUGCCGCUACAAUAGGCGAAAAUAUUGCAUAUGGAAGUCCUAAUGCUACUGAAGCAGAAAUUCGGGACGCAGCGGCUCAAGCUAAUGCGUUGGAUUUCAUCGAAGACAUUGGAGGUUUCGAUGUGUUUGUUGGUGAAAAGGGAGCUGCUAUCAGUGGAGGACAGAAACAAAGAAUAGCUAUAGCUCGCGCGCUUUUGAAGAAUCCAAAAUUGCUCAUCUUGGAUGAAGCCACGAGUGCUCUUGAUGGUAGAAUCACUGCCUCUGAGCAUCUAGUACAAGAUGCGCUGGAUAAAUUGGUGCAUGGCAGAACUGUUGUGACUAUCGCUCAUCGCCUCUCAACAAUCUCAAAAUCAGACUGGGUCAUUAUGAUUGAGGAUGGAAUUGUAGCUGAACAAGGCACUUUUGUCGAUUUAAUCAACAACACCAAGAACGGACGUUUCAGGGCUUUGGUAGAGCAGCAACUGGGUGGACUAGACACGUCUCUAGGAGAUGAAGAAACCGGAACCGAGAGAAGGACAGAGUAG